CAGCUCCGAACGCUUACCGCUGUUUAGUUCAUCUCUGGGUUAAUUACGGAUUUAUUUUACGUUUUUAUACCGUCUGGCUGCAAAUUCAGGUAAAUAUCCGUCUGGAUAUAAUAAUACCUUAGUUUUUAAAAAAUCACGUUGGCAAAACGGCGCUCUUCUCUUGUAGUUAAGCCAUAUGCAUAGAAGAUUCGCGAGAGCGAUCUAUGGCUGUAGGUCAGUGGUUUUACUACAUCGAUCAGCCUUGACGAUCACUGUAAGGGGGAGGUGCAGAAUUUUUUAAGUGUGCCAACACGAUUUUCCAACAGAAAAGAGCCUUCAAAGUCAGUUCGGUCCUAAGAUAUUUACGUUAAAAAGAAUCCACGAGCCGAUUCUUGCAUGCAAUUUUAGGAUUGCAUAAGUCGCCGGAAAAUCACUGAUUCCUUUUUACCCUAAUAUCAUUAUGCAAGUUCUCCAUACUAUUCUCUAUACAUUUCCUAAGGUGCUGACAAAGAGAAUUUGUUGAAAAAUCAAGAGAUUCUUUAGUUGGAGGUCAUUUUCUUUAUUCUCGUGACUUUAAUGUGUGAUUCAGGGGUGAUAUUAUAUGGAGAAAUUAGAUGCUGGUCUCUCUUAGGGGACCAAAGGGUUUACUGAAUGAUGAUAAAACUGAUACUAUCUCUAUUUAUUACAUCUAGAAUGAUAUUAAUAAUAAUAAAAUUAGAAUAUUGAUGAUGACAAUGAUGAUGACAUUUAUUACUUUUGUAGAUUUUAACAUCAAUCUUUGUUGAUAACUAAACUAUUUUUUUUCAAAGUAGAAAUUAAAUAUUUGUGGUAGUGUUAUUUUAAGGUUUUAAGGUCAAAAUUAGAAUUGUACAGUACUAUGCAACAUCAUGUGGUAAAACAGUAAUCAAAUUCCUAUCCAUAAAAGCCUCGAUCAUUUCACACAUCAUGGAUCUAAUUACUUGCCUUGUAAAACCAAUUAAGAUUUGUUUUGUAUGCAAGAUAAUCCUAGGAAAUCAAAUAUAUUUUGGAGUCAUAUAUGAAACAUCACUUUUUUGUUCAUGUCAUUUUUCUCUGCUUUGCAUUUAAGGGUGAAAUUUUUUAUAAUAGAGACCUCAUACAUUCAUUGUAAAUGAGUUAUAUGUAAUAUUGUAAAUCAUUUCUGUAUAUGAUAUGGUAGAUUUAUUUCAGUCAGCCAAGGCUCAGAUGAUUUUUAUUUACUACUGUGCUUCAAAGUUUAUGUCUGAGUAGAGCUGAGUAUCUAAUUUAUCUAUAAAAUUAACUAUUUUACCAUCUCUCCUUUUUAAGGCAAAUUUGAUGGCGUCUUUCUUGAUGCUUAAAAGAUGUUUCUACAGAAACCUUGCUCCUUCAUUUCAUUUCAUAAAAGGUAUGUGUCUGAAUAUUAACUUGCUCUUUAAUUUUGUUCCUAUAUUUUACUGCCACUGUGACCAUUCACACUUCCCACUGCUGGACAUUGUUUUAUUUAAUGAUAUGCAAGGCUGUAGAUAAGGACCAUAACCUGUAACAGUUGUUAGGGCUCAGAUCAUGCAAUGUUAUGGGUGAAGAUGUUGAUUGCUGUCACAUUACACUACUACAGGUGAUGUCUGCAGAGUAACAGCUGCGUUAUAUAAUGCACUGAAUUAUACACCCGGUUUGAUAAGUCAUCUUUUGGAUGACAGCUGCAUACAUCAUUGAAGUCACCAUUGAAAACAUUUUCCUUUUUGAUAACAUUUUGAUUCUAUUCUGUAUACAUCUCUUCCAUAAUGAUAACGGAAGUGGACUUGUGCACCACUUUUUUGUUCUCACCACAUUUUGCCAUCAUCUGUGUACAGCAAUAUGGAAUCUAUUUCUCAACUUGUUUACACCAUGGAAUGACCAACAAGGAAUUUCUCCUUGAUAUCCAUACAUUUGUAAACAGUAAGGCAACAAAAAGCUAGAAAAUAUUAGCACAGGGAUAUUGCUUUAUUAACAUUAAAUUCUCAAAACCAUAACUAUAAGCAAUAUAUAGGGAAUGGUGCAGAGAAUUAAUAUUUGGAUCUUGGAAGUGAAAUGAUUAAGUAAAUAUUGAUGACUAUCAUGGGUAUCUUUGACUUUCCUCAAUGUAUAGUUUUCAUUAUUUUGUCCUUAAGUCCAUAGACCAAUAGUACAGCAAAAAUGUUUCCUAACUGGAACUGGUAUCACAAGAUAUUCUUCAUCUCAUGACUACGUUAUUUGUGGAGCUGGAUCGGCUGGUUGUGUUCUUGCCAAUCGUCUAUCAGCCAGUGGUGAAAACAAAGUUCUUCUUCUUGAAGCUGGACCAAAAGAUUGGACGUGGAAGAUCCACAUGCCAGCUGCUCUUAUUUAUAAUCUUUGCGACAAUAGAUAUAAUUGGUAUUAUGAAACAGAACCUCAAGAGUUUAUGGAUAAUAGGUAAAUUGGUAUUUAAAUUUUCUUUUCUAUUUUUUUUGAUAUGUGUACCUGUUGUGUAAAAUUUUGUGAAAUUGGUUACCCUUCCAUACAGGCGGAUCUAUCAACCCAGAGGGAGGGUAUGGGGUGGAUCCUCAUCCCUUAAUGCAAUGGUGUACAUCAGAGGUCAUGCGUAUGAUUAUGAUCGCUGGGAGAAGGAAGGUGCAGAAGGAUGGUCAUAUGCAGAUUGUUUGCCAUACUUUAGGAAAUCUCAGACUCAUGAACUAGGUAAGCUAACAAAAGUCCACAAUUCUAUAAUAAGGAAUUGUUAGCCCUUUUACUCCUAGGAGUGACUAAGAGAGAAUUGCUCUUUACAUGUCAAUGUCAAAUCCCUAUGCUGUAGUGCUAAAGAUAGACCUGACACGGAAGAAAUGGGAAUGUGUAAAAAGUCCUUUUCACAUAGAGUUUACUUAUACUGGGAUGUCCACACUCUAAUAAGUGCCCUCCAAACAAGCACCUACCCCCCUAGCUUAUAAUAUGGAAGAGGAGCCCCUCUCAAUUAAUUGCCAUCCCCAUUUCCUCCCUUAUUUUCUCAAAUAGUAGAGAUUCAAGGAAAACCUUUUUCUAUUGCCUGUUUUUAAAUAACUUUUUAAGCCUCAACUUCAGCAGGAUCAUUACAGGUUAAUAGUUUCCUAAUAAGCACCCCACUUGGUUGAGCACCCUCCUUCCAUUGAGUGCUCUUCCUUUAGGCCAAAAUUUUAAAAAAGCACUAGGGCACUUUCAAGGAAAUACAUGUAUGGUGUUAAAAUUUUCAAAAGGCUUUUAAGUCGUCUACAAGAGACAUGUUUCUUGUUGAAUUUGAUACUAUGUGAAGCUGUUGCAGAGGUCAUACUGUUGACAAGCAAACAAUACUUGCAUUUUCUUUUUUAGGUUCAGAUGAUUACAGGGGGGGUGGUGGACCUCUUCAUGUAUCCCGUGGUAAAUCAAACAACCCUUUGUACCAAGCGUUUAUCGAUGCAGGUGUUGAAGCUGGCUAUCCCUUCACAGAUGACAUGAAUGGCUACCAACAGGAAGGGUUUGGAUGGAUGGACAUGACAAUUCAUAAAGGAUUCCGGUGGAAUACAGCAAAUGCCUACUUGAGGCCUGCACUGAGGCGUAAAAACCUUCGCACAGAGACAAGAACACUGAUAACUAGAUUAGUAUUUGAAAAGAAUCGUGCAUCAGGUGUUGUCUACCACCAGGGCAGUCAUGUGAAAUGUGCCCAGGCCAGAAAGGGAGUUAUCUUAACCUCUGGUGCAAUUAAUACACCUCAGAUCCUAAAUCUGUCAGGUAUAGGAAAUGCAGAUGAUUUAAAAAAGCUUGGUAUUCCUGUGAAUGUUCACCUUCCUGGUGUAGGGCAAAACUUUCAAGACCAUUUGGAGAUGUAUUUCCACCAGGUUUGUAAAUUAUUCUCCACCUAUUCUACAUGUAGAAAGUUGACCAUGAGGUGGUGAGGAACAAUUGGUGAUGACAUAGUGCAUUCAUUCAAUCAAGUGCUCACCUCAGCCUCUAGGAAGUCAAUUGACAACAAGUUAAGGUUAAUGUUGGGUAAAGGGAGGGAUAGGUGGGCAGUUGCCCAGAUACUGAUAUUUAUCCAAAAUUUUAAUGAGCACCAAGCCUCUCUUAGGCUCUAGCAGAAGUCUAGCAACUUACUUUUUCUUUUGGAAAAUUGUUAAAAUUUUCUUUAAUGGAAGUUUAGAAGAGCUGGGCACCCCAGAGUUUUGAAACAAUUUACAGCUCUCAGACAUCCAGUGACACCAUGAGGAGGAAGCUUUAUCUAGUAACCUUAUAUAGAUUUUGCUUCUCUUCUGUAAUCUUGUUUCAGGAAUGUACACAACCUUUAAGUUUGUACCGCUCUCUCAAAUGGUGGAACAUGGUUCCAAUAGGUGUCAGAUGGUUCCUCACUCGGACAGGACCAUGUGCCACUGCACAUCUAGAGGCUGGUGGCUUCAUUCGCAGCAGGGAGGGAAUGUCACAUCCAAAUAUCCAGUACCACUUUCUACCCUCCGCAUUUAAAGAUCAUGGUAGAGUGACAGUAGAAAAAGAAGCUUUUCAAGUAAGUGACAGAUGAAAGUCGGCCACCAUGUGUAGUGUAUGUUCCUUUUUAUGUUCAAUUUUAAACAUUUCCUUCAUGUUUCUAUAUUUCCCAUGACACAAGUUGUAAAAUGUAUUUGUUCUUUUUAAGGUUCAUGUUGGCUCCAUGAGGGCAACAAGUCGUGGGUAUGUGAAGAUCAAGUCAACCAGUCCCUAUGACCAUCCAAUCAUUCAACCCAACUACCUGUCUACUGAAGAAGACAGAGUGGAGUUAAGAGAUAGUAUUAAACUUACGCGUGAGGUAUUUAGCCAAAAAGCUUUUGAUCCAUUUCGCGGAAAAGAACUACAGCCAGGUACAGUACAAAAAAAUUUAAACAUCUAUCAUUAGAGGAAACAAAUUAUUUUCUGUUAUAUAUCAUUGUACAUAGAACAUAGGAUACAAAUUGAACAUGCUCUGCAACAAAUAAUAUUUUAAUUUUAACCCUUAAGGUGACAAUGUCCAAACUGAUGAAGAAAUUGAUGCUUGGGUACGACAGAAUGCUGACACUGCUUAUCACCCAUCAUGCACCUGCAAAAUGGGCUCGGAAGAUGACCCAAUGGCCGUUGUCAACAACAAAACAGAGGUGUUUGGAGUGGAGAAUUUGAGAGUUGUUGAUGCAUCAAUCAUGCCAAGUAUUGUUAGUGGAAAUCUCAAUGGACCAACUGUUAUGGUUGCAGAGAAGGCAGCUGACAUCAUCCUGGGAAAUCCUCCAUUACCCAAAUCAGAUGCACCAGUUUACAAGACACCAGAAGUAGGCCAGAGAUAAAAAUGUUAUUCACUGCUGUGAUAACUACAGAUAUAGCACCCAGACAUGAUUUCAACAUGCCUGUGUAAGACUCAUCACAAGUAGAGAUGAUUACCUCAAAGUUUAAAGCAAGUCAGGCAGUUUUAAAAACUCUCAGGAGUUGAAAGUUACAGACUGCAAAAUAAUAGCUUUCAAUGAAAAAUGAAAACAAUAAGGUACUGUUAAUUAUUUAUUUGAAGCAACAGUUGUUGUCACCAUGUGGAAGAUGCUUGGGGACCCUGUGGUGACUUCAGUAAUUUCAGUAGCACAUCAGUAUAGCAGUUGGUUACUUUGAAGUACAUGCAUUUUAAGACUUCUACCAAACACAUGCAAAUUUGGCCAUACCAUUGCAAUAUUAUGUUUUAUUGAACCAUUUUGAUUGUCUUUUUCAUUAUGUUCAUUUAAAGAUCAGUAGGUUGCAAAAUUUGAGUUACAAGUAAUUCAUUUUUCUUUUGCAUCCCGAGGGUGUGCUCUCCGACAUAAUUUCCAGGCAAUUGGCUGUGGAACUAUUGACAGGG